CUCUCUGACUCUCUGCUCUGAACCAAUUGAUAUAGAGGUUCUAUAAUAUUACAUUCACAAUGUCUCUUGAACAGACUUUCAUCGCCAUCAAGCCAGAUGGUGUCCAGCGCGGACUCGUCGGCCCAAUCAUCAGCCGAUUCGAAAACCGCGGAUACAAACUCGUCGCUAUGAAGCUUGUGUCUCCAUCCAAGGAGCACUUGGAGAAGCAUUAUGCUGAUCUCUCCGACAAGCCUUUCUUCAAGGGCCUCGUCACCUACAUGUUGAGCGGCCCCAUCUGCGCUAUGGUCUGGGAAGGUCGUGAUGCCGUCAAGACCGGCCGAACCAUCCUCGGUGCCACCAACCCUCUUGCCUCUGCUCCAGGCACCAUCCGGGGUGAUUAUGCCAUUGAUGUUGGCCGUAACGUCUGCCACGGAUCUGACAGCGUCGAGAACGCCAAGAAGGAAAUUGCUUUGUGGUUCAGCGAGGGAGAACUCAUCAAGUACAAGCACAGCCAGCACGAGUGGAUCUAUGAGGCAUAGAUUGUCGAAAGUCCAUUUUAGAUAGCCCCGAUGUUGGGAUUGGGGACAUUAGAACAAAACCAAAGGCUGGUAUCGGGCCGAUAAUGCCGCCUUUUAUAAAAUGACAUUGCAAGUUUGAAUUUCAAAACCAGUUAUAUUCCGUGGGUG